AUGGAUGAAUGGACUUUAAACGAUUUGCUAGAAUGUUCAGUUUGCUUGGAAAGAUUGGAUACUUCAAGCAAAAUUUUACCUUGCCAACAUACAUUUUGCAAAAAAUGUCUUCAGGAAAUAGUUUCCACUCACAAAGAAUUAAAAUGUCCAGAAUGCAGAAUUCUCGUAGAAGCUCCAAUAGAUGAAUUACCACCAAAUGUAUUGCUUAUGAGAAUUCUGGAAGGAAUGAAAAAUUCAGAGUUAAAUAAAUCUGAUUCUUCAUUGAAGGAGGGGAAUAUUUUAAAAUCUACUUCACAAGGAUCUAAUAAUCCCAGUUGCAACAAUUUAGGAAACAGUAAAACUCAGCCAGUUAAAAAACAGAACACAUUACCCAGUCAACCUUAUGCUCGUGCUAUUUAUACUUAUAUUUCAAAAGAGCCUGAAGAUUUAUGUUUUCAAAAAGGAGAUAUUAUUCUUUUAAAUCGAAGGGUGGAUGCUAACUGGUGCCAUGGGGAAUGUUGUGGGAAAAGUGGAAUUUUUCCUUUGUCCUAUGUACAGGUUAUAAUUCCACUGCCAAAGCAAGUAGCAACGUGUCGAGCUCUCUAUGACUUCCGUAUGGUUAAUGAUGAAAAUGAAGGAUGUUUGUCUUUUCAAAAAGAUGAUGUUAUCACUGUUCUUAGAAGAGUUGAUGAAAAUUGGGCUGAAGGAAAAUUGAAUGAUAACAUUGGAAUUUUUCCUUUAGCUUUUGUUAAAAUGAAUUACAUUGCUCAAGCUUUAAUGAAGUUGUCUAUAAAUCAACCUGGACCUUCACAAAUAAAGCCAUCUGCAACCAAUGUGGAUGAAUGUCCAAAUUUAAUUUCUUUUGAUAAUUCGGAUGUUAUUUCAAAUUCCAUUAAUUCAAAUAUUCCAAAUCAAAAUCAUGUUGGUAAAAGCUCAUAUUCAAACUCUUCGAAUAGAAUGUCUACUGGAGUUUCUGGUACUGAAUCUGGCUCGACGUUGUCUUCUACAUCCACACCUUCGUCAAACACUCCCAACAGCUCUAGCAACACAAGUUCCAAUUCGAAUUCGGCCCCAAAUUCGCCGCCUUCGAAUCAACUGGCACAAAAUAGUCCGAAUCCGUUUUUACCAGUUUCUCAAAAUUCGGUGCAAAUGAUUGUACAAAGUUCGCAAACAUCAAAUCCUCCCCACGGAAUUCUUCCAACAAGUUAUAUAACAAGUCAACAACCUACUCCUGGACCUGAACAACCUGUUGUAGAUACUCAUUGUCUAUGGUCGCCGUUACAGCAGCCGACAGAUAUACCUAAUUCUCCGCAAAACUCGAAAGAAAAACGUCAUAGUUUUAGCGCCGUUUCGGCUAAUCAUCAAAAUUGCCAUAAUAGUAACAAAUAUUCAGGUGAAGGAAACGAUAUAAGAUCACCGCCAGAAUUUCAAAAUGGACAACUUAGCAGACACGGAAGUCAAAAGCACAAACGUUCGAAUAGCGAUCUGAGUUCCGGGUCGUUUUAUCCCUCUUGUUACGUAGCGUUAUAUCCGUAUAAACCGCAGAAAGCAGAUGAGCUAGAAUUAAAGAAAGGUAACUUUUACUCGGUCACGGAAAAAUGUCAGGACGGAUGGUUCAAAGGCACUUCUUAUAAAACUCAAAAAUCCGGCGUUUUCCCCGGAAACUACGUUACUUUGGUUAAAUCUCUAGGAAGCACGCGAUUAAAAGAUUCUCGUUUACCCGUUGCUCCAGCAUCUGUUUUGUUACAAAAAGCCGUACAUCAACGAAAAACUCAAAAAUUAGGCCAUGGACUUAGCCCACUUGCUCCUCCGGAAUUACCACCUAGAGCAUCAAGCCCAUCAGUUAGACAAAGAACAUCAGCACAAAAUUCUCCUGCCGCAAAGCAAACUCCUUCUAGUGAUAAUAGUUUUUCACCGGUAGGCAAUAAAAGCGUGAGUGACGAAUCUCCAAUUUCUCGACCCGGUUGUUCCAUGUCUUCUCCUUUAAAUGGAAAAGUAGUAGCAUCUCCUGGUUCCGGUAUUUCGACUCCAUUGAAAUCGUCUGAAAAGGGAAAAGAAAAAAAAGAGAAAAGUGGACUUAUAAAGAGGCUGACAACAAUAAAAAGAUCAAAAUCUCCUCCCUUAUCUGCUUCCUACUCAAUGGAUAAUCCCGUUUUCGACGAUGCUCCUGCGGGAACACAAAUUCAACCUCAUCCACAAUCUGUACAUCUCAGGUACGGUAGCAUACGUUUCUCAUCAUCAUUCAUUGUUUUGUAG